AUGCCAUCUCUUGUUGACAACCGGGAUCGGCGCAGACGAAAACUUGGGAUUGACUGUGUCGGCCGUGUCGUGUGGCGGCACUGGGAGCCCAACAAUGAGUACGUGAAAAAGAUACGGAUAAUGAAUAUAGACUCGCGGCCGCAAACGAUUCAGUACGAGCAGCCGCUGCGGAAGCACGUGUUUCUUUUGAACUUCCCGGAGCCGGUCACCCUCAGCAGCGGCAUGAGCUUUGAUCUUGAGGUGCGCUUUCGCCCAACGGAUCUUGUUGAACUGCAGGAUGUGGUUAAAGUCUCCGUGAUGGGGCGAGGCAGCUUUCCGGUGCGCUUGGAGUGCCAGACACCGUACACAAGGCUGCUGUUGCCGCCCCAGCAUGACUUUUCCUAUCUGGCAGUAGGCAGCACGGCGACGCACACCGUGAAGAUGAAAAACACCGGUACCGUAACCGUGGCGUUUGAGUGGUGCGUCAUGGAACCAUUUGUGAUUUUGCCCGGCCACGGCGUGAUUGACGAGGGCGAGUCGAUUGAGUUGACUCUCUUUUUUACGCCAACGGAGGCGUGUGCUUUGGUGGCGCAGGCGGUCUGCAAGAUGACCGACAACAACGAGGUGCUGGCGUCCAUGAAGUUGUCUGGGAUAGGCAAAUAUCCCUUCAUUCGUCUUGUGGAGCCGCGGCCACCGCAGGGGGGCAACACACUGCUGCUCGACUUUGGCUCUCUGCUGACAGCCACAUCGCGGACCAAGGAGUUUAGCCUCGAGAACCCCUCCAUGGUGGAUGCCGUCUUCGCAUUGGAGACCGCAGACAACGCCAUCUCCCGCCCUUUCACCAUCACGCCAGCCACCGGUGUCAUCCGGCGUGGCGCGACGCAAAAGUUCAAGGUUGUCUUUGCACCCGCCGUGUCGGGCAUGGUGUACGUGAACGCCUACCGGGUGGUGACGCCCACCGGGAACACCGUUUCUGUGCAGUUGCGGGGCGUGGCUCUCGCCCCCAGCGUGCACACAUCAACGACGACAAUCGACUUUGGUGAUGUGCGGCUCGGGGAGGAUGGGGUGGUGACGACACCGACAAAGAAACCGUAUUCAGUCGCAGAAGAUCGAAGCGGCGCCCCUCAGCGUUUUUUUUUCAUCAAAAAUGCCUCUGACAUGGCGCAGGAGUUUUGUUUUAUGCCCAAUUCACCGGGUGCGGUGUUUGUGGUGGAGCCGGUCUCGGGAGAACUCCCGGCAAAAGGCUCCGUGCGGGUGAAGGUGGAAUUUCACCCCAAGUACCCCAUUAAUUAUCUGCGCCGGCUCUUCAUUCUCGUCAAGCAUUUGGAGAACCUUUUGUAUGUCGACCUUUUUGGCACAGCCUACGACAGUUUUACACGCCCCAUGCCAUGCAAGGCGAGUGACGUGGAGGCCUUCUUCUUGCGACACGAGUAUGGUCUUGCGGGGGCCCAGCCGGAAGAUCUUGUCGCCAUCACCGACGCAUUGCGAACUGGACAUUCAUACGAAGAAACGGCGUGCAUGUUGUUGGCCUCAGUGUCGGAGUCGCAAGGCCCGGUACCAUCCCAAGAGGAGCAGCACAAGGGCGUCACGAGGAAGCGUAAAGGACGAUUGGAUCUCUCGUAUUUAAUGACACCGUUUUCCGCGAACGCGCCCUUCUGUGUUGGCGCAGACAAACUGGUGUUUGCACAUGAUGCAGAGGAGCCUCAACAUAUUUCGGUGUACAAUAGGACCAAUGCCCCCGCGGUGGCGUACUGGUGUAUUCCGAGGGGUUGUGCUUUCUUGGUGGUGCCGUUGCAGGAGGAAAUACCACCCCACGCAUGCUUCACAUUUACUGUGACGAUGCACGCCGACGCCUAUUCGCCCGUUUCGGAUCAGUUCCUCGAGUGUUAUGUGAACUUCAAGCAGAUGUGUUCAUUUCGCCUUGUAGAUGAAGGGGGCUUCACGCCACCCCAUUUCUUCACCGUGCGUUGCCAGCGGGAGUUGAAUAUCAACCCAUUAAAUGCAGGGACAAUCGCGCCGUUGAUCCACACCAGCAGGUCAAUCAGUUUUCCCGCGUGUCGCGCGGACGACAUUGUGCACGCCGUCCUGGACCUGGAGAACAGGGGUGAUGUGGCGGUCAUGUUUACAAUCGGCAUUCACAUCGAUUUGUUGGAACCAAAAGGCAAAAUGGAGUCCGACACUUCUGACAGGCGGAUUGUCUUCAGCGACCCGGUGCAUGGAAUCAUGUCCCCAAAACAGCGCCUCCCUGUUGUACUCUGGUUUCUUCCAAAAAUUGCCGAACGAUUUCGUGGAAGGGCAACCAUCACGCUUAACCAUAGUCCGGAGGACGAGAUUGAGGUUGCCCUGUGCGGUGAGAGUUUCUCACCCGAACUGGUCGUCGAGGACAGCUCCAUGAUUGUCCUGCGCCCCACAUGUGUGACGGGCGAGGCACGGCGUCCACUAAGUAUAUUCAACCCGACGUGUAUUCCGAUUACAUUUUACGUGCAACCCUCAACGGAGCUCGCUCAUGUGCUGCAAGUGGACCCUGCCUCCGGUGUUCUUGCGGCUGGGCAGCAGAUGCACUUGACGCUGCUCUUUACCCCAAGCGAGGGAAUGAUGUACGAGGGACGUAUCAACUUUUUCAUUUCUCAUACGGACACCAAGAGGAUGACAUCCUCACGUGGCAGCGUCAACCGGGCGGAGGAGGACCAGAAAAAUCUUAUCUCGUGUCCAUGCACGGCUGAGGGUCAGUACGCCGUGGUUGAAGUGGAGCCGGUGGUCAUGCAGCACGAGGGUCCCGCCAUGCAGGAGAAGACCUUCGAGUGGACCAUCUACAACAGCAGCCUUUGUGAUGUGUGCUACGAGGUGCGCUGGCUCUCAAAGACGGCGCCGACACAUCAUCACGAUCAUAGAGCGCCAUCUGUGCAAUUGAGUCAUAACAAAUGUGGGACACUCUCGGCACGCUCCCACACCGUCGUGCUCGUGACCUUGCGACCGCAGACAGGAUUCUCGGAGUACAUCUUGUAUAUAAUUGUGGCUGGGAGCGGGGUGCCACUGGGCACGAUACCCCAUCCAACAACUCUGGAAGAGGUGCGGCAGCACCCACACUGCGAGGUACAGUUGAUAGGCACGCGACCGGCUGUUCAAAUCACAGAUGUGGGCUCUUUGGAACAACACCGAUCUCAAUUGUGGUGUCAGCUUGCUAUCAACAGCGUUAAUGAAGUUCUUGCGGCACCCGUACAGUCCACCGACUUGGAGACCGAUUCUUUUGCAUUUCUGCGGUACAUUCGUGGUCUUGAGCCGAUCUUUAUGGAUUUGGGUGUGGGCAACGUCCUUGAUGCCAGGAAGGAGGUCUUACUCUGUUUUGAGAAUGCAGGAUCCGGCCCGGCGUUGUUUCGCUUUUGGGAUCCAACCGAACACGAGGGAGGUAACGAGACAUGGUUUCUUGACGAUGAGGAGUUGGAGGAUGUACAACAAAUUCUUUGCGACCGUCUGUUGGAAAUCUCGCCGCGGGAAGGAACGAUUCCGGUGGGUUCGCGGAAGGUGAUCACAAUCACCUAUCGCCACACUGUGGUAGGAGAGCAUUCUCUUCCGGUGUUGCUUCGCUUGGAUGAGGGCAAGAAGGCACUGUUGGUCUUGGAGGGACGCACCGUCUCACCCGACGCCAAUGCACUGGCAUUUCAUCAUCCUUCUGUAUAUAAUCUUCACCCUGUGGCUCUUGGCGACCUGGAGCCCCCAUUGCAGAUCACGACAAUUGAAAACGUGGCCCCCCAUCCAGUGAAGUACAUCCUGCAGGAGGAUUUGGAGCAACGGGUGGCAGAGAAGAAUUGUGGAUUUCCGGUUUUUCAGUGUCUUAACCCAUCCGGCGUGAUUCCUGCUGGAGGGUCAGCACAGCUAAAAUGGUACUUCCGCCCGCUAGAGGCUCGAACGUACAGCGUCAAGGUCUCGCUGCGCACAGCGGGUGGCGAGGAUUACUGCCUGCAGUUUGUGGGUGCCGGCUACCACCCCAAGAAGGUCCCACCGGAGACGGUUCGCGCCAUGACAAACGAUGCCUUUUUGCCCAUCCCUGUUUCGUCUGCACUUCGUCUUCCAGUGGAGAAGUGCCCUUUGACGUUGUCGAUGAACGUGAUGCGUGUUGGGGCGGCUCCAAGUUUUUCGCUUCACCGUCGCUUAUGCUACCUGGAGAACGAACACCCGACUCACACUUACUCGUUUCUUUGGAAGACCCACCUUGAGCCAGGGAGCUCGAUCAUGAAGGUGACACCCCCCAGCGGGGUGCUUGGCCCGGGACAAAAAGUGCGAUGCUGCCUAAGCCUUUACUGCGGUAGUCUGAGCCAAAUUUUGGAGACCCCCAUAUUUUGCUACUUCAGCAACGAAGCGACGUCCACCGCUGCCGGGAAAGGCGCACGGACCCUGGAGUUUUCCGCCGCCGAAGGCAAGUUUGCAGAGAGUGAGGCGGCAGAAGAGGAUGCAUUUGACGACCCGCUACUCGAUGCCAAAACGCCGCCCGGAAAGACCUUUGAACGUUCCACGUGCACGAAGCCACGUCCGCCUGGCAAUAAUAGAAAACGGUUGCCGGUAAAUUUUCUUCCAUCAGAGGAUCAGAGUGUGCGGGCGGUUGCUCCUGCUGCUUCCGCCGCUGCUGCUGCUGUCUUGACGCCGACGAUAACGAAUACUCAAAUCCAUGCGUCUCUGGGACUGCCAGAACCAAAAGACACGUCUGUGAUGGUGGGGCACUCGCUUGAAGUACUGGUCCAAGCGCGGAUUAUGCCCAUCGAGGAAUAUGAGGAUCUCUAUGGAAAGCGGGCCCUGCAGCAGAUGCACUUCCCUACACUUUGCCAGAACUAUGUGGAUCCCGCAAAUCUUCUCCCUGUCACGCAGAAAUCAAUUGGACGGGAUUGGCGUGUACUCUUCUGA